GAAGAUUGCAGAAGAUAUUUUCACAAUUCAAAGGACUGCCCUGCAAAAUGCCAAACUGACCUACCAGCGGUCAAUGAAAAAUCGAAGAAAAGGAAAGCUUCAGAAGGGCAGGAAACCACAAGGGGAUCUGCCGCAGAAGGAGAAAGAGAAGGGGAGGGUUCUGGACAGGGAAGUCAGAAACAAACCACCACACCCAAAUCCCUCUCAUGAACAGGAGAGGGGAAGGGUUACAGUGGUUUGGAAGAAGAAGAACCCUAACCCUGUUGCAGGAAGCGAUGGACCUCAUAAUGGGCUGAACUCCGAAGGAAAGGAUAAGAACAAGGGUGCGGAACACACUGAGAAAGCAGAAUUGGACAAACGGGAGAAGGCACCCCGAGGAGAUCACCCACAGGAAAAGGGGGAUAAAGACGUAGAAAUGAUUAGUGACGAUGAGAAUGGCAAUGGAAGGAAGGAAGGGGGGACAGAAGAAGAGACGAAGGAUGAGAAAGGAAACGAAGACGUUGAGGGAAGGGAAGAUCUAGUGGAAGAAGAUGGGAAGAGUAAGAAACAGGAAGAGGAAGACAUGGAAGUUAGGAUGAGGAGGACGAAGAAUCGGAGGAAGAAGAGGAAGAAGAAGAGGAAGAAGAGGAGGAAGAGGAAGAAGAGGAAGAAGAAGAGCUAUCUAAGGACGAGGAAGACGAAGAGAAAGAAGACGGAAAUUAGGGAGUUUCUCGCUGGCACGUGUCGCGUUCUGGUCAUCGGAGCGGGAGGAUUGGGUUGUGAGCUAUUGAAAGACUUAGCCCUUUCCGGUUUUGGAAAGAUCGAUGUCAUAGAUAUGGACACGAUUGAUGUCUCCAAUCUCAAUCGGCAAUUUCUGUUCAGGAUGAGUGACGUAGGGCGGCCAAAAGCGAUCGUUGCAGCCGAGAGGAUCAUGAAGAGAGUAAGAGGAGUUGAAGUUACUCCUCACUUUUGCCGGAUUGAAGACAAGGAAAUUGACUUUUAUCGCGACUUCGACAUCAUUGUUCUUGGGCUCGAUUCACUAGAGGCACGGAGCUACAUCAAUGCUCUUGUGUGCGGCUUUCUUGAGUAUGACGCUGAUGGCACGGUCGAUAUGGCGACAAUUAAGCCGAUGGUUGAUGGCGGUACGGAGGGCUUCAAGGGGCAUGCUCGUGUUAUUCUACCAGGGAUUACUCCUUGUUUCAACUGCACAUUGUGGCUUUUUCCUCCACAAGUCACAUACCCUCUCUGCACAUUGGCCGAGACGCCGCGCUCGCCGGCUCACUGCAUCGAAUAUGUUCAUCUGAUCCAGUGGGGUCAGGCAAUACUUAGAGCGAAGACAUACAACAUCUCAGGCAUCACUUUGCAGCUCGUCCAGGGUGUCGUAAAAAAUAUCAUCCCUGCGAUUGCGUCAACGAACGCUAUCAUUGCUGCUGCAUGUGCGUUGGAGACCUUGAAGAUUGCAACAAUGUGCAGCACAGGAAUGGACAACUACAUGAUGUAUAUUGGUACAAGCGGGCUCUAUACGCAUACCGUAUCGUAUGAGAAGGAGCCUGAUUGCCUUGUCUGCAGCCCGGGAGUCCCUAUGGAAGUCGAUUCUUCGGUGACUCUGAAGGAGUUCAUAGAGUUGUUGCCGAAAGACCCUCGAUUUAAGGAUAAGAUCAGCCGGCCAAGCAUCUCGCAUCAGACAUCAAAUCUUUAUAUGCAGGCACCCCCUGUUUUGGAGGAGAUGACGAGACCCAAUCUUGCCAAACCAUUGAAAGAGCUCAUGGACUGUGAUGAGAAGGGUGGUGUCCUUAACAUUAACGACAAGACUCUGGUUGGAGUUCUGCGCAUUCACGUGAGAUUUGUCGAGGCCAUGACACCAGCUGAGGAGAACGAUAAUAGCUGAUUGCGGUCAAGAGGGUGAAGUUGCCUUCUGAGAACUUGUGUCCGGCUUUUUUUUUCCAUUUGGCAAUUUUGAGGUGUAGUGCUUGCAGUUCUGACUUUGCAAAGUCUUUUCUUUUUCUUUUCUUUCUUUUCCCCUCUCUGAUUCUGAAAGCGGCUGUGUGCUCUUCAGGAAUAAUCGAAAGCGAGAAAGUUCUUUUCAACUUAUUGUCAUGUAUUAACUUUUAAGUUUUAAGAUAUAUAUCGUCAAACAUAUAUUUGUGUUAUAUUUUGUCUUUGUGUUGGAGGAGAGGGGGAGGUGGAAGUUCUUUUCAGCUUUUUGUCAAUAACAGAGAGAUCUGUUCGCGUUUGUCUCUUGGUGGAGAACAGGGGAACAUGGUUGCAUUACACGCGCCAUCUGCCUGAUACAUCUGUACUUCUUUUUUUGACUUUUAUUAUUACCAUUUUUGUUGAUACAUCCAGGGUAGCCGGCAUUCGGGUCUGGCCGAACUGCCGAACCCGAACGGCCGAACGUUCGCCCGUCGUUGGAGACUCGUUCGGCUGAAACCCGAAUGCCCAAAAAAAAAAAAAAACUCUACGUUAUGCAGAAAAGUAAACUGAACUACUUUUG